AUGAGGGAAAUACGAUCAUUCGAUACCAUACUUAGUGUCCAUACCGGAUGUUUUAAAAGGACCCACCAUAAACCUCAGCAUGCCCAUCUAAAGAGUUCCGAAAACAAGGUAACAAUAUACUACGAAAUCCUUGGAAUCGAGAAAUCUCAUCACAACUGCGCUCAUGAAAACUCAUACGUUAAUUUCGACUGGCUAACGGUCGCGCAACUCGAUGACAUCGUCUUAUCACUCGGUGCGCUGCUGGAUGAUCUCCUCGCCCACCAACCACCUCAAGGCCACAGCGAAGCCGCCCAAGCGAGGUACCGUAAGUGGACAAGGCAGUAUCGAGACAUCCUGGACCAAAUUGCCGUAGCAGGUAAUGUAAGGUCGACGGCUCAGCGCUGGCAAAAGGCCCGGCAUGGUUUGGCUAAGGCGGACGUGAGGAAGGCAAGUGAUAAGGAAUAG